AUGGCAGAACAACUGAAGAGUUUUUCCUUGUGGUGGGAAGGCCCAACAUGGUUAUCAUCAUUCGGACCACUGCAAGAAAAAAUUCAGUUUGAAACAAAGGAAGAUAUUAAAAUAUCAAAGCAAUGUCAGGCGGCAACACUUGUUUCAGACAAUACAAUCAACGAGUUAUUGACUCGAACAAGUUGCUUAGCACGCACCACUCGGGUCAUUGCUUGGAUGCUCCGGUUACGGCCCCGGCGUCAGCAAAAACCUACUUACCUCACUACAAGUGAGUUACAUGCUGCAAGAAAUAUAAUUAUUAAAUAUCAACAAGAGAUCGACUUUUCGGAUGAAAUCAAGAAACUUAAAAAUAAUCAAAAUUUAAGUUCGAAAAGUAGAAUACUUAGCCUUAAACCUUUUCUGGACCAAGAUGGAAUGCUUCGAGUUGGUGGCAGAAUAACGAAAGCAAAUAUCAGCUGGGAACGCAAGCACCCGCUCAUCAUUGCACACAGUGGCCAUCUCACAAACUUGCUCAUCGAUCAAGCUCAUAAGAAGACCUUUCACGGUGGAGCGAGGCUUACCUUAGCUUACCUGAGACAAGAUUACUGGAUCAUAGGCGGUAAUCGAGCUACAAAAAAGCAAAUUCGAUUGUGCAUAACCUGUCGAAGACAUAAACCCGAGAGACCUAUUCAAAUAAUGGGAGAUCUACCAGAAUCAAGAUCGAAUCCUUCAAGGCCAUUCUUAAAUACGGGUGUUGACUUCACGGGUUUUGUAAAUGUCAAGGCCAAUAAGGGCCGCGGUAUCAAGACAACGAGGGGCUACAUAGCUGUCUUUGUAUGCAUGGCCACAAAAGCAGCAGACCUGAGCUCAGCAUCAUUUAUAGCAGCUCUAAGAAGAAUGGCAGCCCGAAGAGGUACUCCACAACACAUAUUCAGCGACAACGGGACAAACUUUGUCGGCGCCAACAAGAUAUUGCAGGAAGAGUUUAAUAUCAUAAAAUCAAGCCUAGAUCAGCAUUUUUAUAACACGAUCAGUGACAUGAACCUCACGUGGCAUUUUAAUGCACCAUCAUGGCCUAGCGCCGGCAGACUGUGGGAAGCUGCAGUGAAAAGCCUGAAACAUCAUCUCCGCCGAGUGCUGGGUGAUCAGCACUUGACCUUCGAGGAGUUUUCAACCCUCCUUGCUCAAAUAGAGGGAUGUCUAAACGCACACCCACUGUGCGCAUUGAGUGAGGAUCCUGAGGAUAUCGACUAUCUGACUCCAUCACACUUUUUAUCGAGCGGUCCGACUUUAAGCAUCGUCGAAUCAGAAAAAGACGAAAGAACACGCUGGAAAUUGACUCAGAAGAUAUUUCACGACAUUUGGAAAAGAUGGCAAUCAGAAUACCUAUGUCAACUACAAUCAAGAAGCAAGUGGACACUGUCUAAGCCAAACAUCAAAGUCGGCGAUGUCGUAAUAAUUCAUGAGCCAAACUUACCUGCUGGAAAAUGGGCCAUGGGAAGAGUGACGGAAGUCCAUCCUGGAAAUGAUGGGUUUGUCAGGGUCGUAUCACUUAAGACAAAAAACGGAAUCAUGAAAAGACCUAUCACAAAAUUAUCAAUUCUACCUGUGUCGGAAAAUCUAGAAGAAAAUCGAAGUGAAGAUAACGAAGUAUUAAAGGUGCCGAAGAAAUCAAGUUCUAAGAAAAUAAAUAUCACAUCGAUGGCGGUAAUGCUGUUGAUGUUGAUUAUAACUCCAGUUCAAUGCGCUCACAACAUAUCAUAUUUCAAUAACAAUCAAAGAAUUUACUUCGAUAAAAUAUCAAAUAUGAAAUUGGCACGGGACGAAUGGAAAUUAAUCGUUUAUUACGAUAUCGAGCUCUAUUGGCAAGGAAUAACAUUAUUUUCUAAGUACAUCAAUCACUGA